AGCAGGCAGAUAAACAUAACCUAUAUUGCUACCGGUUGAUGUGUUUUGUUGUUAUAAAAGAAUUUUAGAAUUAUUAGUGAAUCAUUUAAAACUAUUAAUGUUAGUUUAGUAAAUUAAUAAAAUUAAUCAUGACUACUAAUCCACGGAAGGGUACCGAACCGGGACCUUUGGAGGAAAGUGAUCAACUAACUAUACGGCCUUUAGGUGCUGGGCAAGAAGUUGGUAGAUCUUGCAUCAUGUUAGAGUUUAAAGGAAAAAAAAUCAUGCUGGAUUGUGGUAUACAUCCCGGCUUGUCAGGAAUGGAUGCACUACCAUUUGUAGACUUAAUAGAAGCAGAUGAAGUUGAUUUACUUUUAAUUUCACAUUUCCACUUAGACCACAGUGGAGCCCUGCCAUGGUUCCUUACCAAAACCUCAUUCAAGGGUCGAGUAUUUAUGACACACGCUACAAAAGCCAUCUACAGGUGGCUAGUAUCCGAUUAUAUCAAAGUUAGUAAUAUAUCGACGGAGCAGAUGCUGUACACCGAGUCGGACCUGGAGGGCUCCAUGGACCGUAUCGAGACCAUCAACUUCCACGAGGAGCGCGACGUGCGCGGGGUGCGCUUCUGGGCGUACAACGCGGGCCACGUGCUGGGCGCCGCCAUGUUCAUGAUCGAGAUCGCCGGCGUCAAGGUAUUAUAUACGGGUGAUUUCUCUCGACAAGAAGAUAGACAUUUGAUGGCAGCAGAAAUUCCUACAGUACACCCUGAUGUGCUUAUCACUGAGUCCACGUACGGCACGCACAUACACGAGAAGCGCGAGGAGCGCGAGUCGCGCUUCACGGGGCUCGUGAGCGACAUCGUGCAGCGCGGCGGCCGCUGCCUCAUACCCGUGUUCGCGCUCGGACGCGCGCAGGAGCUGCUGCUCAUACUCGACGAGUACUGGUCCUUGCACCCGGAACUGCAGGACAUACCGAUAUACUACGCGUCGUCUCUCGCUAAGAAGUGUAUGGCGGUGUACCAGACGUACGUGAACGCCAUGAACGACCGCAUCCGACGACAGAUCGCGGUCAACAAUCCGUUCGUGUUCAGGCAUAUAUCGAACUUAAAGGGCAUAGAUCAUUUCGAGGACAUAGGUCCGUGUGUGAUCAUGGCGUCACCCGGUAUGAUGCAGUCCGGUCUCUCCAGAGAACUCUUCGAAUCCUGGUGCACGGAUCCCAAAAAUGGUGUUAUUAUAGCCGGGUACUGCGUCGAGGGCACGCUAGCUAAGACCAUCCUGUCGGAGCCGGAGGAGAUCACGUCCAUGUCAGGUCAGAAGCUGCCGCUCAAGAUGUCCGUGGACUACAUCUCGUUCUCGGCGCAUACGGACUACCAGCAGACCUCCGAGUUUAUCAACAUAUUAAAACCGCCGCACGUCGUGCUGGUGCACGGCGAGCAGAACGAGAUGUCGCGCCUGAAGGCGGCGCUGCAGCGCGAGCACCGCGGCCGCCUGGCGCUGCACACGCCGCGCAACACGCAGCUGCUCGCGCUCACCUUCCGCGGCGACCGCACCGCCAAGGUGAUGGGAUCUCUGGCGAUGGAGCCUCCCAUGCCGGGAAGACAGCUGCAGGGUAUCUUAGUAAAGAGGAACUUCAACUACCACAUUUUGGCACCUUCGGACCUCAAUAAGUACACGGAGCUGUCGCAGUCGGAGGUGUCGCAGCGCGUGUCGGUGUCGUACGGCGGGCCGGCGGCGCUGCUGCGGCACGCCGUGCUGCGCGUGGCGGGCCCCGUGGCCUUCCUCAGCGACACGCGCUGGCGCCUGUACGGCUGCCUCGAGCUCACGCUGGACCUGCCGCUCGUGACGCUGGAGUGGCAGGCGCAGCCCGUGUCCGACAUGUACGCGGACGCCGUGCUGGCCGCGCUGCUGGGCGCCGCCGCCGCCGCCCCCGCGCCGCCGCCGCUGGCGCCCAAGCUGGACCGCAUGCACUUCAAGGAGUGCGUCAUCGAGAUGUUCCAGGAGAUGUUCGGCGAGGACGCCGUGCCCAAGAUGUUCAAGGGCGACAAGCUGCACCUCGAGGUGGCGGGCCGGCGCGCGCACGUCGACCUGCUCGCCAUGGAGGUGUCGUGCCCCGAGGACGAGGGCCUGGAGCGCAGUGCGCAGGCGGCGCUCAGCAAGCUGUACGCGGCGCUGGCCCCCGUCAAGCCGCCCCCCGCGCCCUCCGACGCGCCGCCCGCGCAGCCCCUCGUGUAGGGGCGCACUAGCAGGAGUAGUGAAUAAAAAAACUUUGUAUAAGAGUAUAAAAAGAAGUGUUUCAUUUAGCGCUGGCCUGACCUGAUGUGGGUAACAAAAAUAUUUCUUGUGUCAUUUGUGCACAUUUGUAUAGUGAUGGCAUUCAGUAAAUUAAUAAGUUUUAAUUUACUUUUUAUAGUCUACAAAUUCAACUUUAUAAAAAUUAACAUAUUUUGAAUUUUUUUUUUUCAGAAAAAUAAAGACUAAUAUUUGUUACUUGUACGUGUUACUGCAACAGCACUCGAUGUAAAUGAAAAAAAAA